AGAGGAUGAUCCACCCUGUCUGGAGGCAGAUGGCCUGGACUUUGCUUUGGGCAGGUUUCCUGGGCCUGCAGUUCAUCCUUAGUGCGGCUGAAGAUGUUAAGGAUGUCCAGCACAGUCCGGUUCUCCACAGACAAAAGCGAGAAUGGAGAAUUUACCCAAUGUUUGCUUUUGAGGAAUUACCACCCCAAAUUCUUCCACAGCUAAUCGGACAGCUAAACAACACCCGUGCAGGUGAAAAUACUCAGUUUAAAAUCUCUGGAGAAGGAGUGGAUGGAGUGAAUGACCUCUUUACUGUGAAUAAGGCUGGAGAGAUCUUGGUUAUGGCCACUCUGGAUCGAGAGAAGAAAAGCUCCUACAAACUGAAAGCUCACAUCUUUAACACCAUCACCAAACAGCCCCUGGAUGAUGACAUAGAAUUCACUAUAGAUGUACGAGACAUUAACGACCACGCACCAGUCUUCACUGAGACCUACACUGGAUCCAUCAGGGAGCGCUCACGCCAAGGAACUGCAGUGCUGACUGUUAAAGCCACCGAUGCAGAUGAUCCAACAACUCCCAACGGAAACAUUGUGUAUAAGUUGUUGAAUGGAUCACAAUAUUUCAGCAUCAACAGUAACACAGGUGAAAUCACUGUUCUGGAUAGCGAACUCAACCGUGACACUCAAAGUCAGUUUAAACUCAUUGUCCAGGCCUCAGAUUUACCUGGUUUACCUGGAGGACGGAGUACAACCACCAUAGUGACCAUUAAUAUAAACUAUAUCAAUGACAACAUGGUAACCUUCAAAAAAGGUAUGUGA